UCGAAAGGAGGUCCUCCCGCCUCCUCAUGGCUCCCUACCCUCCACAACACCCUUUCCUCGCUCCUUAGCUGGACGGGCUCCUACCGAGCUCACAUCCAGGACGCUCAUCUUGCCUUUGUGCGCGAAGCCGUGGUUCCCCGCCUGAAGCAGCCGCCUGUGGCGUCUGACAGGACAAACUACAUUCUGACUCACAAUCAUUCUCCCUAUGAAGCAAGCGUCGCCUUCUCAUCUCGCAAAGAUGCCAAGGUGCGAUUCACGGUGCAGCCGCUGGUGGAGUCCAGCUCUGGACCUGCCGGUGAUGAUCCUCUAGGGCAGAAGGGACUGCGUCAUAAGCUGGAGGGUCUGGCAUCUGCUUGCAAUGCGGAUCGAACUUGGCUGGAUGGCUUCCUUGAUUCUGUCCUCCUUACUGAAGAAGAGGAGACCGGCUUGGUCGAAAUGAAAGCUAAUGAUGCACUGCCGCGACAAAUUUGCUAUGCUGGGUUCGACCUCGAGUCCGAGGAGAAUGCGACCAUCAGCAUGAAAGCGUACCUUUUCCCGCAACUCAAGGUUCUUGCAACUGGCCGGUCGCUGGUGGACAUCACCGAAUCCGUCACGACACGCCUCGCCGAGGGCGACCGGGCAAUGUUAACCGCGUGGGAACUACUCAAAACGUAUCUCAUCUCUCAAGGUGAGGACAACAUCAACAUCUACUUCCUCGCCAUCGACUGCCUGGCUCUCUCCAUGAAGCCUCGCUUCAAGGUCUACGUACACACGCACGCCAACUCGCUCGCCUCAGCCCGUGACGUCUUCACACUAGGCGGCCGCCUCCCUGCCUCCUCGGCCGACUUUCUCCCACAGGUGUGGCCUUCACUCAUGGACUUGGAAGACGUUUCCCCGGCCGAGAUGGAAAGCUUGGAAAAGCCGCUCAACCAGCCGGACAGCAAGUAUUGCGGGCUCUGCUUCGCCUUUGAGAUGAUGCCGGGCAAGACGGUUCCGCAGGUGAAAAUGUACGUGCCCAUCUGGCAGUAUUCCCGUGACGAGCCUGGGGUCGUUGAGCGCUACGAGCAACUCCUUCGGACGCAGGGUAUGAUAUCUGGGAAGUACGACUUUGGAGCUGCUGUUCGAGAUGCUUUGUGA